AUGAGUAAUAAUAAUGAAACUGAAACACUUAUUCAAUCAUCUAAAGAAUCCGUCAAUGAAGAUUCUUAUGAUGAUUAUUCAACUGUGAUGAGAAAUCCAUGGGAUCCAUUACAUUCUUCUGAUUGGGAUAGACAAGUACCAAGUGCAACUUGUUUAGCACGGAUUAAACGUGAUAUUACCGGUGUAUUUAAAGAUCCACCACCAGGAGUGUUUAUUGCUCCUGAUCCUGAUAAUAUUACUAAAAUUCAUGCUCUUGUUGUUGGCCCAUUCGAUACACCAUAUGAAGGUGGAUUUUUUUAUUUCAUUAUACGUUGUCCCCCUGAUUAUCCAAUUCGAGCUCCUCGUUGUCGCUUAAUGACAACUGGAAAUAAUACAGUUCGUUUUAAUCCAAAUCUUUAUCGAAAUGGUAAAUUUAAACUUUUUCCUAGUACAUGGAGUGGACCAUCAUGGUCUCCAGCUCAAUGUUUAUCAUCUUUGAUGAUUUCAAUUCAAUCAUUAAUGUCAGAAAAUCCAUAUCAUAAUGAACCCGGUUUUGAACAAGAACGUACAUCAGGUGAUUCAAAAGAUUAUAAUGAAGUAAUAAAACAUGAAACAUUACGUGUUGCUGUAUGUGAAAUGCUUGAAAAUCCAAAUUCAUGUCCGCAACAAUUACGUGAAGCUAUGAUUAAACAAUUUUUCAAUUUUUUUGAUUAUUAUGCUGAUUUAUGUAAAGAAAAUGUUACUAAAGAUGGUCAAUUAAUGAGAGAUCCAUUUGGUGAACAUCGUGGAUCAUUUCAAUAUUCAUCAAUAUUAACACGUUUAAAUCAAUUAAAAAAUAAAUUUGAAAAUCAAAGUUCAUCAAAUGAACAAGAACAAAAACCAAAAAUUGAUUCAUAUACUCAAAAAAUAAUUAAUUCUGUACAAACAAAUGAUUCAACUCUAAUAUCAAAUGGUGAUAUGGAUCUAGAUGAUAUAUUUAAUAAUGAUGAUGAUGAUGAAGAGGAUGACGAAGAGGAAGAAGAAGAAGAUGAUGAUGAUCAUCUUGAACAAUCAGAAAAAGUUCCAUCAAAUCCGGUAUAA